AUGAACUUCGCCGAGGCGUUUCGCGACGCCGUGGGCGAGAUUCCCUACACAGGCGACGAACUCAUCAACGCGCUCCGGGCAGCGCGAGCGCUGCUGGCGUCGCUCCCGGACGACAUCCAUCUCGAGCAGAAAAAGCGAUUUGACCGCCAGAACCGCCGUCUCUCGGGUGAGGUGAUCGACAUUCCCGUCUCAGAGAGCGAGUCGUCCGAGGAGGACAAGGACGGCGACGAUGAGGAGUGUGCUGAAGGGAGUCGUCGCACAGGCACCGGCAAGGGGACCGCAGUGGACGCUGGCGCCAUUUCUGCCGCGGAUGAGGUAGCCGCCCCGUCAUCGCAGUUUUCCACGCCCGCCGCCCUGCCGCCUGCCGCCGCCUCUGAGGGGGCCAAUGAUGGGGGAGCGGUUCAAUCAAUCGCGACCACGUUACCAGCGGAUCAAGCUUCCCAUCUCGCUGCCAGCCAUGGAAGCCUCCGUGAUGGCAGCGGCUUCGUUUCGCCUGCGUCGCUUCAUAGUGGCAAUCCGCUGCUGCGGUCCGAGGCUACUUCUUCGUGUGACGCGCCAAGGGAGCCUGCCAAAACGCAUGGGCAGCGGCGGCACCGGGGCACGAGCUCGGAACAGCGACACAGAGCGUCCCCCAGGCCGUGGGACAACUGCGACGCUCGCCACACCCCGUCAGCGUCGAGCACAACGGCAUCGUCGCUGUCGUGCGAUGUGGAUGAUGAGAAGAGGGAGCGUGUGCGGCAGCUCGAGCUGUACGACCAAUCUCCGAGCAAGUGGCUACACCAGUUCAUCUGCAUAGGAGCGAAGCUGUUCGGGGAGCAGAUGGAGGACUAUUUUCGUGCCGUGCACACCUUGAUCUACUACAUGGCGGUACGGCGAAAGCGGGUGGAGCAGCGCUGCCAGUACUUGCGCAACCGCGCUGCGCAAGAGGGCACAGAGGGUGUCGAUGCGCGGCUCUCUGACGCUGCCGCGCGGGCCUUCUCAUAUACUUCCCGCGUCAGCUGCGAGAUGGCGGUAACAGCGGUACACGAGGACGGCGCCGCCGCCUCUGCCAGCGAAGAGGCGAUGAAAAAUAUAGAAAGCAGCGACGAUAAUGACGAGGAUGAUGAUGGGGAGGUGUUAGAGGGCUUUUACAUUUCGAGAGAGGUGAAGCGGAGCAUACGUGUGGGACUGCCGGAUAAUGCCUUUCGCCUGCGUGACAGCAUCCAUAAUUUCUUCUUCUCGUGCUACGCGACUGUCAUCAUCCAAGGAUCCGUGUCGGUGGCGCAGAUCAAGCAGGCCGCAGUCGAGGUUGUGCGCAUCUGCCGCUGUGUGUUGACAUGGCCACGCUACCCGCUGAACUUGCGGGCACAGUGGGCGGACGACCGGGAGGAUCAGCUCCGGCAGUUUCUUAACAAGUGGCUGGGGGAGGCGAACGGGCAUCUGGUGACACUCAUGAUGGCGCCUCCGGAGGCGCCGGCAGCGGUGGGGCGUCGCGCAGGCGCACAGAGCGAAGCGGACGUUGACAACUCCACCACGGCACGGUCGUCGCCGUCUACGGUGGAUGCCGAAAGCAUCAUGGCUGACGAUGGCAGCUCCCGGCAUGACGGCAACGACGACAGCGAAGAUGAGGACAGUGAGGUGGCCGUCGGCCCUAACAGCGUCAACGUGCCGCAGCAGAAGGUGUUUCUGGGACCACAAACUCGCGGCGAGGACGCCAUCGCGAUGGCGUACGAGUUUGUGCGGAGCCCGGCGCCGCACAGCACACCUCUUGCACGCUUGGUGGCGGACACAGUGCCAGGGAAGAGUGUGGGCACGCUGCUUCCGUGCAUCGAGCAGCCGGAGCGCCGUACCUUCAACGACGGGUUCUGCCGCCUGGCACCCUCUCUGUCGCAGAAGGAGCUCGAGCUGAUCACGGAGCUGAUGCAGCUGCCGCUCACGGAGAUGCCGGUCGUGAAUGAAGAUGACAAGGGCAAUCAUGACCAGCGUUCGUUGCAUGAGGCAGAGAAGGCGAUCGUGAAGCACUGGGCAUCGCCGACCUACGACCCGCGCGGGGGUGAGCUGACGGUGCUUAUCAACCCCACAAACGCGUUUCGCCUGCAACUCAGCAACCCGAUCAUCUUCUCCCUCGGCGGCGUGCAAUGUGACAUGUGCUGCGUGACGGAGCGUCGCGUCAGCUUCCAAGCCGUGCUCGACAGCGGCGUGCGCAGCGAGGUGGUGCUGGAGUACGAGGGCUGCAUCGGGUACGAUGUAUGCGUCGCAUGCAGCUACUACUACUACAAGAGCAGCGAGAUGCGGCUGCUGCGCGCAGUGCACCCCAACCCGCAUCUGCGCGCUCCGUUUGCCUUUGGUCGCUUCUCCAAGACGAGGGUGCACACCAUCCGCGCGUCUGCCUGCGAAGAGAGCGAGGGUGAUAUGACGGUGGAGGUGGUCAUGGGCGUUUCACCGUACGGCGUGAUGCCCGUCGGCUGGGUCCUUCCUGUAGAUCGGCUGGCCGAGCUGAGCGCUGCGUGCCCGAUGCUCGCCGAGGAGACGGAGCUGACCGCCGCCGUGCACGCGACUCUGCCUGUGCCUCCACAGGACUGGAAACAGCACUGCACCAUCGCCAAUAUCAGCAGCCUCUUGGCGGAGACGGACGGGCGUUGCGACACUGCCGCCGCGAUGGCAAGUCGGCAUGCGCUUGCGGCUGGCGUGGCGGACGACCACCUCAUCGAUGAAGCGGACGUGUGCCCGAUCUGCCUCCAGCUGCUGCACAGUCUGCUGCCGGUUCUGCGCACCCUGUGUGGCCAUUGCUUCCAUGUUGAGUGCAUCGGCUCGCAUUACCACUACAAGCCCGCUGUUGUAGACGGCGAGGUCAACGAGAACAACGGCUGCCCCGUGUGCCGGUGCAGCGAGUACAUGCCACCCCUCACAGACGCAGAUGCGAUGGUGAGGACGAACGUGUACAAGCUCAUGCUGCGGGUGCCGGCUGACGAGGUCGCCAAGGGGCGCGGCGCGCGGGCGCGGGAGUGGGGCGGCGGCUGUGCCAUUGCAGUGGGGACCAUUUUGACAGAUGACGGCGCAUACCACAAUGCCACAAAUAUCGCGUCCUGUGAGGCUUUCUAUGGCGUGAUGCCGGGUUUUGACUUUACCCGGCACGACACCGCCGGGGCAAGGGCGAUGGAGGCGGCCUCCCCUGCCGUGCCUUGA